AUAGUAACCGGAGAAGCGACAGUUUGUUGUCAGUUGUCUACCGCAGAGGAAGCAGGAUGUCUGAGGUUGAAGAAACACUAAAGAGGAUCCAGUCCCAGAAGGGGGUGAUAGGAACCAUCGUGGUGAAUGCGGAAGGCAUCCCCAUAAGGACCACUCUGGAUAACUCCACCACAGUGCAGUAUGCCGGCCUCCUUCACCAGCUCUCCUUGAAAGCCAGAAGCACAGUGCGCGAUAUCGACCCUCAGAACGAUCUGACGUUCCUCAGGAUCCGCUCCAAGAAGCAUGAGAUAAUGGUUGCUCCAGAUAAAGACUACCUACUGAUCGUUAUCCAGAAUCCAUCGGACUGAACGCGCGCCCCUGGUGAUCUAUUAGCUGCAUACUCUGGAACAUGUUUUAUUAGGGUCUCUCUAC